UAUAGCCAUUUUUUCUUUAGCUUAGGGGAGCUUUUAUGGAUUUUGGAUUGGCAAAAGUAGGCCAAGGCAGUGAGUAUAAUGGCAGGGUUACAUGUGUUUUGGUGUUAUCUUGUAUGGUGGCUGCCUCAGGGGGGCUUCUCUUUGGCUUUGAUCUUGGAAUCUCAGGUGGAGUCUCAUCUAUGGAGCCAUUUCUGAGGAAAUUCUUCCCAAAAGUGUACAGAAAGAUGAAGGAAGACACCAGCACAAGCAACUACUGCAUAUUUGACAGCCAACUGCUUACUGCUUUCACUUCCUCACUCUAUAUUGCAGGCCUAAUUGCCACUUUCUUCGCCUCGCCAAUCACGAGGAACUUCGGGCACAGACUGUCGAUUCUCGUCGGUGGAGCUGCAUAUCUUGGUGGAGCGGCACUUGGUGGCGCCGCCUACAAUGUUUACAUGCUGAUCUUUGGCCGCGUUUUGCUUGGAGUUGGCAUUGGUUUUACUAACCAGGCAAUUCCAUUAUACCUCUCAGAAAUGGCACCAGCUAGGUAUAGAGGAGGAUUCAACCUUGCUUUCCAAUUCUGUGUUGCUCUUGGCAUUCUGUUUGCCAAUUUGAUCAACUAUGGCACUGCAAGAAUAAAAGGAGGGUGGGGAUGGAGAGUCUCCUUAGCCAUGGCAGCCGCCCCGGGAUUAGUUAUACUUUUCGGGGCAAUCUUCCUUGUAGAGACACCAAACUUUGUAAUCCACCAAGAAAAUGAUCAAGAAAAGGCUGAAAAACUGCUGCAGAAGCUUCGGGGCGUGGUUGAUGUCAAAGCAGAACUAUCUGAUCUUAUUAGGGCAAGUGAGAUUGCUAGAACUGUCAAACACCCAUUCUCAGACAUCCUAGGAAGACAGUAUAGGCCUCAGCUAGUAAUGUCGAUCGCGAUUCCUAUGUUCCAACAAAUAACAGGCAUAAAUGUGGUCACUUUCUAUGCACCUUUGUUGUUCAGGACAAUUGGCUUAGGUGAAAGUGCAUCACUUCUGUCAGCUGUGGUGGUUGGGCUUGUGGGGGCUGUUACAAUCUUGGUCUCAUCUUUUGUUGUUGACAGGCUUGGGAGGAGAACAUUGUUUAACAUAGGAGGGGGUCUAAUGUUUGUGACUCACAUGUUGGUUGGGUCAAUCAUGGCAGCAAAACUAGGGGACCAUGGUGGGUUGAGCAAGGGUUUUGGAGUGACAAUUUUGAUUGCUGUUUGUGUUUAUAUUGUGGGGUUUAGUCUAUCUUGGGGUCCACUUGGGUACCUUGUUCCAAGUGAAAUAUACCCUUUGGAGAUCAGAUCAGCAGCACAAAGUAUCACAGUGGGGGUUGGUUUUCUGUUUAUCUUUCUUGUGGCUCAAAGUUUCUUGGCCAUGUUGUGUCACCUCAGAUCUGGGAUUUUCUUCUUUUAUGGAGGUUGGGUUGCUGUAAUGACUGCUUUUGUGUACUUUCUAUUGCCAGAGACAAAGAAUGUUCCCUUGGAGAAAAUGGGUAAGAUUUGGAUAGAGCAUAGGUUUUGGAAUAGUGUCAUUCAAGGUUCUAACAAGAAGAUGACUACUUAAAUCUUCAGGCCAGUUGUCCCACCCAAAGAGGUGCCUAUAAUUCAGUAGGGAAUUAAUCACUGUGUUUGACGGUGAAAAUUCUGAAUAUACUCAAAAAAAUAAGAAGAUGACUGUCUCGUCCGUGAUUGAAAAGUUAAACUUAAAAGUCAGAGGUUUGAACCCUACUACGAAUAUUCCGGGGUUGAGUGCAUUUUCGACUAAACCCAAAUUCAUGUAACAUUAUUUUAUUAUGUUUGUAUGAAUAUUAUAAUUGUAGUGUCUAAAGUCGUAUGAUAUCAAUGUCACGUAAAUUGAUAUUGGUAUGUUGAUGUUACAAUUUUAUUAUGCUUGUAUGAA